AAGAAAUAACAUAAAAUUAAAAUAAAUACAUAAAAUAAAUGAAGAAAUAAUAAUAAAAAAACAAAACUAAAAAAACGUAUUUGUUACCAGAAUUGUAUCUAUCUAUAAGUGAAGCGACUUCCAGGCAGACCGGUACUGUAUACGGGCAGAUAUAUUCUCCAGUGAUUUGUCAGUGUAUUGUGUCUUCCUGUGAGCUUUGAGGGAAUAGGUUUGGCCUUUUUGCAGGUAGUGUAAUGUUGCCCCUGAGAAGAAUAGACGAGGGGCUCCCAGGAGCAAAGCAUGGUAACUGCACACUGUUGUUCCUCCCUGGGAGAGGAGGAAACUGUUGGGUGGAGGCUGCAGGAGGAGGAGGAGGUGGAGAGCAGUGCAUGGUUUCAGGCUGGACAUCUGUCGCUUGUGAGUAUUUUUUCUUUUUUUUUCUAGGCCGGGUCUCUCGGUUAUUGAAUGGAGCCAGUGACCUGUCAGUCUUUGACUGAUGGGACCCCGUGUGUGGGAAAAUCCCGCAGCCAAAGAAGUUGGAGCAUUCACAUGCUAAUUGAGCCCUGAUAAAAAGAGGGCUGUGCCGCGCCGAGGGCCCUAGAGAGAGACGCGCUGGGAUCCGGAGAGGAGCGGAGCAGGCAGAAGCCCACUGGACACCAGAGAGGAAACAUGACUGCUUCAUCCAUGGAGCACAACGUGGGGAAACAUCCCAGUGCCAAAGAGGAGAGAAAGAUGAGAAAGCCACUCAUUGAGAGGAAACGACGAGAGAGGAUAAACAAUUGUUUGGAUCAGCUGAAAGAAACUGUGAUCGGAGCGUUCAGACUUGAUCAAUCCAAACUGGAGAAAGCCGACAUCCUAGAGAUGACAGUGAAGCAUCUGCAAAACAUCCAGAGCAUUAAACUCAACGACCCCACACUAGGCCUGGAGGCCCAGCAGAAGUACAGCACAGGCUACAUCCAGUGCAUGCAUGAAGUCCACAACAUGCUCCUCACCUGCGAGUGGAUGGACAAAACUAUGGGCUCCCGCCUGCUCAACCACCUCCUCAAGUCCCUGCCCAGGUCCACCGAUGAGCGGCCCCUCCAGGCCUCACCCAGACGUGAUGCCCCUCUUCCGGCCGGCACUCCCCCCAGAGGAGACCCCCGUGCUGGGAGGCAGCUCCAGAGAGAAGGGCCCACACGCCCAGAGAGGCCCGCACUCCACAGCUCCCACCUGGGGAUGCUGGAGAUGUGGAGGCCCUGGUGACCUGGUGGAUCAUCCGUUGUGUUAGACCACCUUGUAUUAUGUAUCUUAUAGAUAUGCUGCUCAGAAGACAAACGUGGGGCAGUUUUGUUCCAGUGAUUAUUAUUAUUGUAGGUGUGCUAUAAUGAUGACCUUUUCUCAGUACUUCCCUUCAGAAGUCAACUUCUCGUAGCCUGCAUUAUAGAAGGCCUUUAUUAAUCUUUUAUGUAUUUAUUGUAUUAACAGCUUUAUUUAUUUGAUGUUAUAAGGCAUGACUCUGCUUCUUAUAGACCACUCGCUUGUCAUUGCAUAGAUUUUUUAUGUCUUCCUCCUUUGCUGUAUGAUUAACCCAAACAUUAAUAAUAAUAAAACUGAUUGUAAACCCUUGA